AUGUACACGCCUCUGCAUCCUGAGCCCAAGCGGACAUGGGACGAAAGGCCGACCUUACCAAGGAAAAGGCCGCAUGAGUUCGUAGAGCCUCCGACCAGAACGCCGCUCCCACGCAAGCGUUGUCUUCAACCCUUGCCUAGACUUCGACGCCCGUUGCAGAGACUUCGCAGAGUGGCUGGUACUGGGUCCAUUGCCUCAGCUGCUUCAGCUGCUGCUUCCUCAAGGUCGGCAUCCUUGGUUGUGAAGGAGGGGCACGGCCAGAGUAAAGGACAUCGUGAGGGAGAUAGACGAACUCCCAAAAAUGCUCAUAACAGUACUCUUCGCAAAAUGUCCGACAAGGAGAUCAGAUCAAUGCGGAGAGCCCAGAAGGCAGCAACCAAAGCGUUCAACAAGAUGAAGGAAGAUCGAGAAAAGAAGAGCAAUGCAGCUGUUGGUUCGACUGUGGCUGAGCCUGUGGACUACAACCGGGGCCCCGGUGCGGAAGCCGAAAGCUGUGCCAAAGGGAGCCGGAAGGGUUCUAUAAGAGAAUCCUUUGCCAAAAGCGGUCGAUCUGAUCAUGCUCUUCCUGGUGGGACUGCCGGUGGCGAUCCACCUGGGACUGCUGCUACUGAGCCUGUGCAAGAUGACAUCAUGCUUCAGCGUCAACAACAGUUGAUGGCCAUGCAGCAGUACGCUUCCAGACGACGCUCCCAAAUUCGAGAACAAGCAUUAUUGAUACAGCAACAAGCUAUGACCUCUGAUACCAAUACAGGUACAAACCCUGCUUCUACAGAUGCAGCCUCUGCUGCUACUGCAGCUUCUACCGCCGAAACGGCUCCUGCUUCCUCUGCAUAUGUGAAAGGGUGGACAGCCUGUGGCCAUCAGUCAUCACUGGUCUUGUGCUGUGAUCAUAUGAGUUCAGGUCGGCCACAUUCGAUAUUGUCGCUGCCCCAACGCUCUUUGAUUGCCAACUGUUUGGUACAGGAGGAGCUAUGUACCCCAUACAAUUUGCGAUCAUUCCUGAUCAGGUCCCCAGCUGGACUGGCACUACCUGCAAGGUUGGCGCUUGAGGCUUUUGCACUCAUCAGCAAGCUGUGCUUUUCACACGAACGUUUGCAGCAUUGGACGUAUGCCUUCUAUGAUUUGUUCUACUGGCUUCUUAUGCAGCUUGUGCAUGCUUUAUACAGUCUCGGUUCUCAUCUCUUUAUCCACUUUUGCAGUAUUUGGACGACCACGCUUUUCUUUGAUGAGCCUCCGGGUCCCAAGUCCCGGAACGACCCGCCAACCAGAACCAGGCGUCUUUUUGUAUCUUCACCGAAACUGGUCUGGUUCCGUUUUCUUCUUUUCUACUUUGCUAUCAAUGGGGUCGUAGGAGCGAGGGUUGCCUCUGACGCCACAGGGGCAGGAUCACAGGAGCCAAGUGCGACUGUGACAAGCGGCGGAAGCCUUACCACACGGCAUGGGAAGAGAGCGUUUCACAGGGCCCAGCAGCGGGCACAGGCAUUAGGGGGCACGUUUUAUAAGGGUCGAUGGUGCACAGCGAAAUCGCUUAACACACAUGGCCCCACCGAUUCAUUUCCCUCUGCAUCUUCUACUCCCCAGCCUCGGAAAGGCGCAUUUCGAAGUACACAGACGAAUCAUCACUCUCGCUCAAUCAACUUUAUAAGCUGGAACAGCAGUGGCCUGGGAUCCGGAGUAUUGCCAGAAUUUUUGCUGUGGAUCGAUAUGCUUCCAGCAUCCUCCAGACCCCACGUCAUUCUGAUACAGGAGUCACAUUGGCGAUUUACCUCGGAAUACCGCCAUGGGGAUUGGCUGGCUUUUCAUAAUGGUGUCUCUGAGUCGUCACAAGAUCGUUAUGCUGGUCUGGUCACACUUGUUCGCAUCCCGGGUGUUACUCAGGAUCAUGUUCGUGUGCACAAUAUUCUACAAGGACGCCUGACACAUGUGCGAGUUGAUCUUCCGCAUCGCAAUCUUGAUAUCAUUCAUGUGUAUCAGCAUCCUUUGACCACAGAUCCCAGCAAAACCACUCAGGACAAGCGAAGACGACUAUUUCAGCGCCCAGAUGCGGUUGUACAAUCGAUGCCGGGUCGCAACUUUUUGGCUGUUGGUGGUGACUUCAACAUUGCUUUGCCUUUCUCCCCGCCUCACACGGGCAGUUCACUUAUGACGCCUUAUCCAAUACAGCCUGAGCACACUGUGACCAACAACGCAUUACUGCGUAUUCUUGAGAGACAUUCCCUGCAGGCGUGUCAUAGUGCUAUGGCAGAGCCUGCCAUCUUUAGGCUUCCAGAUCCUGGGGACGGUGAGCUUGAGGACAGAGAGUCCGAGUCAGAGGCCGAGGAAGCUCGCAGGUCUGCAGGUGCCCUGCGGACUGUUCGAUAUAGGGACAGACUUCGAAAUGCUUCCCGUGCACAGGUUUUGUUUCUGUAUGCGAAAACCUGUGGCGACGAAUCAGAAUCUCUGGGCACCGCUGCUGCAGGGAAUUAUUUGUUUUGUGUUGCUGAGCUUGGGGGAAAAUGCAUCAAGCCGCUGGAUGCCCAAGAGCACUUGCAGCACCAAGAUUCUUGGCGAGCUCGGCGUCAGAAACGUCGCGAUCGAGAUUUCGCCGCUAAGCAGAUGUCCCUCCAGAACCAAACAACCCGAAACCAGAUGUUGAAGUGCUGUUUGAAGUCUCUUUUUCGUUUCAGGGCAGCUGUCCAGUUGGGGCCUGCCCAGGCUGCAGUGGCAGGUGCCUGGUGCCGGGCACCUGCAGCUGCUAACCAGGGUGCGGUGACUCCUGUUCCUGCGAUGCCCGCCUUGGCUGGCAGGUUGGCGGUUUUGCCUGCAGGGCAAGCGCAAUGGGUUUUUCAAGCUGCUGCGCAAAGCGUCAUCUUCGAAGCCGUUGCAGAUCGCCAGGGCCUUUACACUUGCUUUGCAGCCGGACAGGCGGCGGAGCCUGAAGUAGGCACUGCGAGGCGUUACCUAGGGCGUCCUUUCUGGAUGGUUCGCUUGCCACCAACUGUCAUGAAGCAUUUGAUGGAGAUAGGCAAGGAGUUCGUGGUUCCUGCUGGGCUUGUGACUUCUUUGGGGCACCAGUUGCCCGGAACCGUUCCUGCUGCGGCAGAAGGAAGCCCCUGUGAUGGUGCCGACAGUGGUUCCUCUUCCUCCUCCGAGAUGAAGAAAGUGCGCAGGCCGGCGAUGCAAGAAAUCCUGUUGGGAAAGCUCGCUUACAAGCUCAGCUCAACGGUAGGCAUUCAAGAUGUGCUUCGCACCGUCCUUCGAAUGUUAGUGCCAGAUAGUUUAGGUCCGGCAGACAACAUGAACGUGUCGCGUGGGCAUGUGCGGAAUAUCUUGCUAAAGCUUGAUGCCUUGCAUUCCUUGUCUCGCCGGUUCCUUGCCCCACCAGGUGGUGGGGCAGACAAGUCGCUGCGAAUUGUCCGGUACAUCAGUCCUGACAGUUCCCCGCAAGCGAAUUAUGAUUAUUUUUGUGCGACAGAAGAGUUGCUGCUCUAUCGUUCCGACGAGCUUCCAAGGGAUGCGGAUGGAAAUGUAGCUCCUUUCAAAGGGUUUGAACACCAGAGGCGUUCGAUGUUGUGUACAACAAUUGCGAGAGGACAAGGAAGCACAGCUUCGAAGGCAAGCAAGAUGGUACAUAUGAUUGCCGUUGAGAGUGGUGCGUCUCUCUUUGAGACGUAUCGUUCGGAAGUUCGGGGGUUCUUAAGCGAUCAAGGAACGGAGCGAGGCAUAGCAUCGUUUCCAGUCCGCAGUUGCUCUGAGGUCCAGAGUAUUGUGGGCACUCAAGCUUUGGCGAGCGAGGCAAUACAGGAGGAUUUUCGUGGAUUGCCGCUCUUUCAUUCCGCUCUACACAUACCGGGAACACUACACAUAGUGUUUAACGCACUGGAAUUCAGCUUGAAACAGCUUGAAACCUGGCCAAAAUUCGAGAAACAAUUGAACAGCAUCACCCGUGUGUGCAAAGAAAAGAGUUACUCAGAAGUAAUUCUUGUGAGAAUGAUGAAGCAUGCGAGCCCCGAGGAGAGACGGUUGUUGCAUCGGAUGGACGAGCUCUUAGACUGGAGGUGGGAUUCGCUCGCAAGAGUGCUGAAGGUUUGGGUUCCUCUAUAUCCCACCUUCAAGAAAUAUUGGAACCCAGCUGUUUUUGGUGGGGACAGCUCGUCAGUCACAAUUCGAGCUGUGACGGAAGCGUUGGCAGACGAGUGCCAUUUCGACAUGGCAGUGUGGACGCAUCAGUUCUCUGCCGAGGCCACCAGGCUGGCCCACUUUUUCGAGGGUUGUCACUGCCAUCAGGAGCAGCUGACAGACCCAGAAAACUGGGAAAAGAUAAACUGUUGUUGGAAAGGCAGGCGCUUGCCUUGGCUUGCGCAGAAGCUUGCGUAUGCUCAGCAAGUACCAUGGGUGUUUGCCGCAGCGUUUGCGGGGUAUAUGGGCGAGACUUGGGGCCGAGUGAAAAAGGUUCUUCGGCCACAUCUUCAGAACGUUGACAACAUGAUCUCCAGUGGCCAAGUCGGCCUUCUAGACUCUGUUACACAUGCUUUGUUUGGACCAACCGACACAGGCCGCAUGCUCCGAGAAUUUCUGAACUCGGAGGAUGACGUGCCCCUUGAUCGAUGGCCAGCGUUGUUUUGGAAAGUACAGGAAUAUGCCUUUGUUUCUUUGUCCGAGCGACACACGGAGAGAGAGCAUGUCGGUGUCAAGGUUGCAGCAAACCGUGGUCUCACAAAGGCUGGGCCUGCAGUUGUCUGCAGCCGCAAGCGCAGAGAUCAAGUGUUGGAGAUGCUGGAAGAUGAGAAACAGCUCGCUUUCUUGGUCACCAAUUGGCGCAGCAGGCGCCUUUGGAGUAGCCUGCUGGAGCACAUGCUCACUCACGAAGAGGUUCGACUUAUGGAGACGCCAAAGAGGCUUUCCCGCUUGUGCGGGUAUAGCGAGGAAGACCACUUCAAAGAUUGCGAGGACUCUGUUCGUGCUGAUGCCGUUUACCGCCAAGCUUUGAGAGAUCAGACUUUGUUACUGGCCGGAAGCUUCAAGCUUCCGAGUGCUUCCUACCAGGUAGUGAACUGGCUGAAAGGCCAUUUGGCGACGGGCGUGUUUUUCAGUGUGUCCACGCAUGUCUUUGAGCUACUUGUCGACAGGGGUCGGAGAUGUGAAGACCCAGCCGCAUCCUUCAGAACCGACGUGCUGCUGUCUAUUCUGCGAGCCGACGUACACCCUCGGGUAAGUGAUCGUGCUUCGGUUUUCUGCUCGGUGCUGGAUGCCAGGCCAGAAGCAAGAACGGAUGCUCGUGGCGUGCACGGCCUUGGUGGAGAUGUGCGGGUGGCGUGCACGAAUGUGCGGAUCGAGGUUCUCGACUUGGCACGGGUGUGCACAGCAGAGAACUUGAAAGCCUUUUGUGCAAACUGUUUGCUCUGGCGUGCUAUGCCUGCGGAACUGGCCUUGGCUCUGGGAGACGAGUCCACGCAGCCAGGUUUGCUGCAGGAGCCGCAAGUGCAGAAACUUCCAGAGAUUGUCUUAGACAGCGAUCCUGCCUCCUUGUUGAGUCGACCGCCUCCGGAUCGGCAUGUGGAAGAUGCCCUCGACAUCCUGCACCCCCCUGCCCAUGUCGUGCAGAAUGCGGACGACUCUGCGGUGCUGCAGGUCUACGGUGCUCCGUGUAGCGACCGAGAAAUGCAAGCUAUCAAAGAGUUGCUGCGAGCAAGGGCCAUCGGCAUUGAAUCUGCUGUGUAUGCCACAGACCUUGAACACUUCGAUGCUGUUGCACUGGAAGGCUUGCGUGGCCGAGGUCUUGUCAUCUGUGAGACUGAUAUGUUCUCAGAUGUAUCCGUCGCCUUGACGGGCAAGUUGACCUACAGUGCAAGCUUGGUGCUGGCACGGCCAUUGUUGCUUUGGGAGCUUGACCAAACGACUUUGACUCGAGGCCAGAUGCCAGGCCGAUCAAAGUUGGAGUUAAUUCGUUUGUUGUUUGUCUUGGGCUGGGAGCCAGGGCUGGGCCGGGAAGCGUGGCAUCGCAAGCAGGGAGAGAAACGUCUUCCAGAUGACGUUCUAGUUUGCAGCCUCCCCUUCCUCAGAGCUUUGAUGCUGAGUCGGCUUAUAUGGGAAAAGCCCGGCAACUUGUCGGGCAUUUACUUGAAAGGCCCCCAGCAGUAUUAUGAGUUCUUGGUGGAUCAGGACGAUCUCAGCAGCUUGCGGGAUGCUUCUGCAGAGGAAAUCAAUGCUCGGUUCGCGCAGAAGAAAAAAAGACCUGCUGGCCGCAUCUUGACAAGAGAUGCGGCUACAGGUCUGGAGCUUGACCCAGAGGCUGAUGAUGCCGAGUUAGAAGAGCUUGUGCAAGAGCUGCCUGAAAAGCUCAUGCAAGCAGAAGAGCCGCAGCCAAGCAUGGCCAGCGGUGCUAGACGUGUCGCUCCUCUAGAAAUCGACUUGGGAGGCGGUAGGGCACAGGUAGUGCAUUUUGACAAUUUCACACACUCCAGCGGUCAGCUCCGAGGAUUCGCCGCUUGCGAGACGCACAUCUUCCCUGAUUACAAGAUGCUGCCACCUUGUGUUUGUUCCCUCAGUUCCCGUUCCAUGUUUGUCGAUGCCAGAAAUGGGCAUACUUGCACUGAUACUCAGAAAUAUUUCUUCCCCGAGGCGUUUAGGUUUCCCCAAGACACGGCCUGCAUCAUGGGGCGCGCGCGCCCAAAGUUGUUUGUUUGCAGGGUAUACUUCUGUGCGAUUGACUAG